GGCAGAUCGGUGGGAUUACCGGUACCGGUUGCCAACGUCGCGACACGCCGCGACGUUCCACGCCACGUUCGGAAACGUGGUGUUCCACGCACCACCAUGGCGCAUGGGUGCACGAAGUUUGCGAUGCUCGAUCGGUCCGGCGGACGACUGGCGCACGGCUACCGGUAUUACUCCGAUCACUUGGCUGCCAUCCAUUCUAUUCCAUGGCCGCCUCUUUGCGCGUGCCACCGUGCUCAGCACAAGGAAUUUGGACGUGGUAUCACGAAGAAGAGCUGCUGCUCAAUGCAGUAGCGAGCUCUGGGAACGAGCUAUCUUUGUCACGGCCCGUGAGGCUCCUCGCGCGUCCGCCGCCACUUCCAUGUCGGCCGCCACUGUCUUGCUUUGCUCGGCUGCGAGUGCAGAGGUACAGUCCCCGCUUCAUCAGUUGCACCACGAGCAACCAAGUCAUCAUUGCAAGCGAUCUCGUGCAUGGUCAUGCGAGUCGUCGUUGGUGUCGUCACAAUUCGACGAACGUCGCGUGCUAGUCCGUGGGUGACCAGGGCACGAGGAAGGAGCUGCCCGCAUCGAGACAUUCAGCACCACCACAAGCCACCCCACGUCACUUGUGUGAUGUUAUCGAUCUCAUCAUACAUCCUUGCAGGGUGUAGCUGCACACCUUGGCGCACGACGUCUAGCUGCGCCAAGAACGGUCCAAGCCUGUUCCGUGAUGAUGAUUUACGUACCGGGUACUGUUGCAGUAUUACCGGGUUGGUAGAGGCAUCGGUAGCUUUGACGAAGCCAGCUUUGGUUUGGAAAUGCAAGUAUCUUCCUCAUCAAGCACGAUGCUGUGAACCGCCAUCUGAUACGUUCGUCGCAAACUGCUUCCGCGGUCCCAUCGCCAGGUAGUCGAACGACCGACUAGACUUCCGAGUUGACGCUCGUGGAAGCUUCUCGCCUCAUUAACGACGCAGCCCAAGUGCCACGUACUCGUAUCGCUGUCCCAUCUUGUGCGACCAGAUCCAACGACCAGCACUCUGCGUGUUUCUCACGUGAAAAUCGGUUUCGAUUUCUCACGUGCAAAUCACGCACCCAUCGACCGCAAGGCGGUGCUGCCUCGCGCGUCGCCAUGCACUCUAUCGCAGGACCCGAUCAUUCCCACGCUCUCAUACUCUCGUACUCUCAGGCUCAUGCUCCCGCACCGUGCUUCGACCUGCUUGUGCGAAGAGAGAGAGCAAGAUGGCAAUCACAUUUCCCACACGAAGGGGUAGGGCUUCAACCAUUUGCGAGCUUCUUGAAGCGCUGGUCAUCGACUGAGCCUCAGAGCCCAAGACGCCAGCUACCGCACGCAGCAGCAGCAUGACGCUUGCCGACAAGUUCAACCUCGAGAAGCAAGUGACGUUCUACCUCUCGUACCAUGCCAACCCGAUCAACGUUUACAUCCACCUCGUGUGCAUUUGGCCGCUCCUCAUCACAGGCCUCGCGCUCGGGAGCUGCGCGCCGCAGUUCGCCGACAAUGCGUUCUUAGCGCCGUACGGCCUCGCCGAGUACGUGACGUUCGACAUUGGGCUUGUCGCUAUGGUCGUCUACGUGCUGUGGUAUGUGACGCUCGACCCGAUCGCGGGCUCGGGCGCGUCCAUCGCGAUUGUCCUGCUGCAUGCGCUGACGACGGCGUGGACGCAGGCGCAUGUAGCGCUGUAUGGCGAGACGCCGUGGCGCCUCCUCGCUGGCAUUCACAUUGGCGCCUGGAUCCUCCAGUUCAUCGGGCACGGCGUGUUUGAGCGCCGCGCGCCGGCCCUCUUUGACAGCCUCGACCAAGCGCUCAUCACCGCCCCGCUCUUUGUCGUGCUCGAGAUCCUCCUCCCGCUCGGGUACCGCCGCGAGAUGCACGAGCGCGUCCAGCGUCAAGUCCAAGUCAACCUCGCCGCCUUCCACAAGCGGGCAUAAGCACAGAAAAUGAACCAUACAAUACAUGCCAUUGCGAGACAC